AAGUAAUGUCUAUACGGUUGUACUUACAACAAAGUGUAUUAAUUUUUUUACAGUAAAAAACAAAUUAAUGCAAAGUUUUAAAAUUGGCGCCUCAGUGUUCAGUGAAUCAGUAGUGUGUUACAGACAACAAAUAUCCGGCCAAGAGUUUGUUGUCUUUUUUAUGCCCAUUUUUAGUUAUUAUUUACGAAUCGAGUCAGUGGUCAAAUAGAUAAUUCCAAUCUAACCUCAAAUUCUCAAGUGUUACUUACGAGCUUUCAUGGGAUUUAUAGAAGAUGAGCUUUCAGAGGUCAGGAAACUGUGCGAAAAUGUCGUUCCCGGUUGCAGGCUUGUGUCUUGUGUCAAAACAAUGGUACGGGCAGAAAUAAAAAGGACUAACUUUAAAGCGUUGAUUGUGUGCAUACAAUUCACUGAAACGUACCCCAGUACACCUUUAUUACUUGAGUUAAAAUCCAAAACGCUGUCUGAAAAGUUGCUGCAAGGUUUAACAAACGUGUGUGAACAGGAAGCUAAGAAAUAUUUGGGCAAAGCACAAGUGCUCAAUGUUAUUAAGUUCCUGCGAAAUUUUUUAGAUGAGACUCCCCUUUCUUGCUGCUACGAUGAAAUAAAUUUUCUUAAAAAAAGUUUAAACGAGAACGAUGAAUUGAAAUUGAAGCAAAAAACGUCCAGUAUUGUGCUGAAAGUAAAGAACAGGAAUUAUUUUUUGCAUUGUAGGGUCAUUGUUCCUGAUGAUUAUCCAGUCAAAGCUAUUGAUAUUCAAGAUAUCACAACAAACUUUUCACCUGCUUUCAACAGACAUAUGAUUGGCCAAGCUAAAGAAACAGCGCGAAAAUGUGUAGAGCCUCCAAUCAAGAAAAAGCCAAAUGAACCUCCUUUUCAGCCAUCACCUUCAUUAAAAAAGUCAGUUGAAUUUUUAAUUGAUUGCGUAAAGCGGCUGCCUUCAGAGAAUUGUCAGUUUUGCAAUAAAGUCUGUUUCCCUUCAGACCCUAGAGAGCUUGAAGUGGAUGAAAAUUCACCAAAACACAUUGAAAGAAUCUAUUGCGGACACUUGUUUCAUCAAGAAUGUUUUUUCAAGUUUAUGAAAAAGCCACCAUUUGGUAACAAAAAAUGUAAUACUUGUGGCUCAAGAAUCUAUCAUUUUAAAUGGUCACUUUCUGACCGUCUUGCUGAAGACAGAUGGGCACAUGAACAAGCUCGUGAAAGAGAGCUUCAAGAAGUAACAGAAUUUUUUAAUUAAACGUAAUUGAUUUUAAUAUUUUUAAUAAUUUGGUGAUUAAUAAAUAAAGCCUACUCGACUUCGA